GAAGAGUCUGGCGUGAGGCAAAGCCAGCGGCCACGCGGGGCGCCCCAGACGGUCGCUGGCGCGGCAGGCGACGGUUCCUGACCCCCUCCGCACGCCUGAUCAAGUUUGACGCGCGCGGACGGCGGGGCAGCGGCUGCCCCGACUUUGAGGCAGCCUACCCGACGCCGCCGCCGAGACGCGAUGGUGGACGAGGACCUCGAGCGCAUCAAAGCGCUCGAGGUCCUGGACGAGGACCUCGAGCGCAUCAAAGCGCUCCGGCUCAAGGCCGCCGCCACAUCAGCGCAGGCCGACGACGAGGAGCGGGACCGCAUCGCAGAGCUGCGCCGGCGGACACAAGGCCACGCCGACGAGGACCUCGAGCGUAUCGCGGCUUUGCGCCGGCGGACGGCGGCGACGCCCUCAUGGACGCCGGAGGACGACGAGGAACUCGCUGCGCUCAGGCUCAAGGCCGCCGCCGUUGCCACCGCCGCCGCGCCGGACGCGAUCCGGCGCAAGGCGCCGCAGGAGCUGGCCACGACGGUCACGCCCGACGGCAGUUUUAAUACCCAGGACGAGGCAGACACGCCCCACGCGUCGCGCGACGAUUUUGCCAUCGAACGGAGCAUUGGCAAGGGAGCGUUCGGCGAAGUCUUCCUCGCCACGUCCAAACAAAAUGGCAGGACCUACGCCAUCAAGACGAUCCCGCGGGGCAAGGCCGGCGACGAACGUCGAGCGCUGUUGGCGGUCAAGCACCCUUUUGUUGUCCGAUUACGGUAUUGGUUCGAUGGUCCCGCCGACACUUGGUUAGUGAUGGACUACGCGCCUCGAGGCACGCUGGCCUCCCACCUCGAGAGAAGGCCGGGGCGUAGAUUGCCAAUCGCCCACGCGCGGUUGGUGAGUGCGGAACUCGCCUCGGCUCUACUAGCACUACAUGCGGCGGGCGUCGUCCACCGCGACGUCAAGCCGUCCAACGCCGUGUGGACAUCAAAUUUCGGGCGCCCCACGCCAUCGACGCGACGUUAACCCAACUCACUGGUUGAUUUCCACACAGGUCCAACAUCCUCGUGGACGGCGCGGGGCACUGCCUGCUCGCGGACCUGGGCCUGGCCGCAACGCGUGCAUCGAUGCGGCUCUGUGGCACUUUGGAGUACCUGGCACCCGAACAGCUCCGAGGCAAGACGUACGGGCGAAGUGUGGACCUGUGGGCGCUCGGGUGCCUCACGUUCGAGACGUUAGUAGGGUAUUCUCCGUUUUCCGCGGCUCGCACGCGCGCCGUCUUCGAGGGCAUACUGCGGCACGAGCCCUACUACGUCGCGUGCGGCGAUACUGACGCCAUCGACCUCGUGAAGGGGUUACUGCGGAAGGACGUUGAAAAACGCUUCGGCAUCUCCGAAGAUUUAUUGGGACACGCCUACUUCGCUGAUGUGGACCGGUCUCUGCUUUAUCAGAGGCGGCUGCCGCCUCCACUUAGUGGGGAGGACAUCGUUCCCCAGGAAUCUGUCGGGUCGUCGGUGGUGCCCUGGCCGUCCGUCGGCUCGUCCAUCGCACGGGAGACGCCUCUGCAACGAGAGGCGUCACCAGUGAUCGCUGUUCAGAAAAAGCACCACAAGCGCCAGAACCCGCUCGACCGCGCGCGGCAAGACCCCGCGUCGAAGCCGCGCGGGCCACCCUUGCCACCCCGUCCAGUUGAGGAGCAGCCCGCGCUGCUAGCCGCAGCGGCGACGACGGCGGCGCCGUCGCGCGAGCGGCCCGUGGUCGACGCCGCGUUGUUCGUGUCCACGGACGAGCUGCGCCUCUGGGCGGACUCAGAUGAGGAGAAUGGACCUCCAGUGUAUCGAAGGCGGUCGGGGACGCUCUUCCGGCACGAACAGCUUUUGACGCCGGAAGCGCCGCGGCGGCGGCCUCCGAGGCAUACCGUUUAAUUUAACUUCUGUAGUAA